AUGGGCAGCUCUUGGGGCUUCAGUGGUCCAGGCAGCAGUGCCACGGACCCGCCAGGCUGUCCAGAAACCGAGUGGAAGACCAAGGAAGUGCCGGAGCCGUCUCUGUCUUUCAAGGCCUGUUUCAGCCAGGGUCUGAAGCAGCUGCACCAUGCCCAGGAGCUCUGUAAUGCCACCUUGGUGGCUGGAAGGAGGCGUUUCUCUUGCAACCGGGCUCUGCUGGCCUCUGUCAGCCCGUACUUCCGAGCGGUGUUCACAAGCGGCUUCAAGGAGUCCCAGGAAGGGGAAGUUCUGCUGAAGGACAUGAAACCUUCCACCCUCCAGAGCCUCCUCGCCUUUCUCUACACAGGGGAGCUGGACCUCAGCCCGAAGACGGCGGAAGACCUCUUUGCGGCUGCCAGCCGCCUGCAACUCCUGCCUGCCCUGGAGCCCAUCAACAGAUAUUUAAAGGAGGGGCUCUCUGCGGAGAACUGCCUUCGCCUUUACGCGCUGGCUCACGACCACAACAACGCCGCUCUGCUGCAAGCCGCCUUGCGCCGCGUGGGCCUCCACUUCGGAUCCGUCUCCCAGCACAAGGAAUUCCCACGCCUCGACCUGGGCGCCUUGAGCAGCAUCCUCUCCUCCAACCACCUGGGAGUGGCCUCCGAAAUGGACGUCUACCGGGCCGCGUGGCGCUGGGUGAUGGCCGACCCCGCCGGGCGCUCUUCCAUGCUCAGGGCCCUCCUGCGGCACUUGCGUUUCCCGCUCCUGACGCCUGCGGAGGUCGCCGAAGUCCAGGCUGGCAUCGCGACCUUUGACCCCCGGGCGGAAUUGCGGUGGGAGGACCUCGAUGGGGCCGGCAGGCUUCAGGCCAGUCAGGGCCUCCGGCAAGGCAUGUGCCGGGAAGAGAUCGUGUGCAUCAAGGUGCCGCGCUUGAGGGACAUCAUUUCCGGAAACAGCGACAUGGACUGUUACCUCGAGUGCAUGAAUCCGGGCACAGGGGCGCGGAUGACGCUGCCCCCUGUGGAACUAUUAGUCCUCCCCGGCUGCACCGUCCUGGGACACAAGCUCUACAUUUCUGGAGGCAAAGUGUACGACGGGUCCUACUCUCAGGCCCUGCAUGAGUACAACUCCUUCACCGACAGCUGGACACAGCUCCCGGGCAUGUCCACACCCCGCUCCAUCCACAUGUUCAUGACUUGCAAGCAGAAGCUCUUUGCUGUGAGUGGCUGGAACGAAUCAGGGCCCCUGGACUCUGCGGAGAGUUUCGACACAGUGCAACAGGCGUGGUCGCCCAUGGCCAGCCUACCGAUAAUCCUGCGCUUCUCGGCUGCCGCCCCCUUCAGAAACAAGCUGUAUCUGAUAGGAGGGGACGUGGACUCCGACGAGGUGGUCUUCCAGGGCAUCCUUGUCUACGACAUCCCCUCAGACAGCUGGGUGCAGGUGCCCCUGGGCUUCAGUCUCUAUGGUGCAGCCGCGCUCGCCAUGGACGCAGGCAUCUGUGUCAUUGGCGGGUUCUUCUCCAAGCAGGCCUCGCACCUCUAUCCAAGCCGGAGGUUCAGCCGGCUUCUCCCGUGCACCCCACAGUGCUUUUUCGUGCAGGAGGCCGGGGUGGUGAGCACGGAUGUCGCCGUCCCUCCGCUCCCCGUGCCUCUCGCCUUCGCCGGCGCCACUCUCUGGCAGGGGAAAGUGUACGUGAUCGGCGGUGUCUGUGCCUCCAGGACCCACGAUGCCAUUUACCACUGGGAGCCAGGGGAGGCGGCCUGGACCCAAUACCCGCAGAGCCUCACGGGCCGUGGGAAGAUUGUGCGGAGGGUGCUGAAGUGCGUGACCCUGAAAGUGGCAGAGCCCCAAGUGAAGGCCCUCUUGCUAGACACCGCCGUUAGCCGGGUGGCCGUGGGGCUCGCAGACCCCGAAGACUCUGGGGGGAAGGAGGGGGAAUAA